AUGCGAAAUGAUUUACCAAAAUCAGGUCCUAAUAAAUACGAAGCAGCUAUUGUAAUUCUUGAUGACAAAAAUAGACCUGGAACGCAUUGGGUGGCAUACAAGAAAAGAGAGUACCAUACAUCAGUCAUGGCUGAGUCAUUCACAUUAACGUUGACGGGUACAUCCUCGGUGUUGGAGGCCAAUUAUUUUUCUCCAAUGGAGUUGUCACCGAAAAAAAAUUAUGUUCUAGGAUUUAUAGAAUUACUAACAUUUGAUUCAAUACCUAACAUUGAUGAGGGAGCUAACAAAUUUUAUGUAAUCUUACCACCUGUUAAAAAGCAAAGAAAGAAAGAUGUGCAGGGUAAUAAUGUAUCAGAUGUGGUACCCCGGAUAAGGACUGAAAAGGGCUUUGAAAUUAUAGGUUCAGUUGAUGAGAGAGUUGCGGUGAUACCUACAGGGAGUUAUGAAAUUGGUGAUAUUGAAAAGUAUGUACAGAAGAUAUUACUAAAAUUAAAUAUCACCAUAAAAGCAAACAACAAUGAAUUACGAAAUGAAAUCAAAUGCGAUCAGAUUAAUGAUGGUACUGCAGUUGCUGAAACUACGAGACUAGUUAACAUGGGAAUUUGUCAUAUGAUUAAAGGAUUACGUUUAUUUAUAAAUGGUGUUAAAAAUGAUCGAAAUUCGAAUGUUGGCAUUACAAGCCUCAUGAAAGGAUAUUUAACAUUUAGCCCCAGUGAAUUAAGUGUUUUAAAAAAUGUAGGUUGGCUGUCUAUCGACGAUAUGCAAUUAACCAACGCAGAUGGUUAUAUUGAUAUUUUGACAUCACUGAAUUUACUGAGUGGAUUUGCUGAAGAUUAUCAAAAAAUUCUUAUAAAUAAUCCGGCAGAAGGAGCCGCAGCUGAAAAUGAUAAAAUUACACUACAAAAAAUUGAAUGGAUAGUUCCAUACGUCACAUUAUCAGAUAAAGAAAGAAUUCAAGUGUUGAAUUAUAUUACUGGUGAUCCAUCUAUUCCUAUUAGUUUUCGAACUUGGGAGUUGUAUGAAUAUUCACUUUCACCUGCAACACCAAGACACAUCUGGGCUGUCGAAACAUCAACUCAGCUUGAAAUACCACGCUAUGUGAGCUAUCCUUAUGGAGAUCUUAAUCUAAUAAUUGAUCAAAAUCAGUAUGCGCUAUUGUACAGCAUGUAUACAAAUUUUCAGUCUUCAUACUACGAGAAACAAUCUGAAUCACUGCGAGCGAAGGAAAAAUUUUUGGAUAACGCGCCACUGUGCGUUAUUGGCUGUUCUAUGCAAAACGAAGCGAUCAAGUCUGGACCGAGAAAAGACACGAGAGACAAGCAGGAGAACGCGACGAACGAGAAGGAAAAGGAUCUAAAGAGAGACGAAACAAAGAGAACCGCAUCAGAAAAUAAUCAGGUUCGAAAAAUAUGCCAACCAAGUACUACAUCCGAACAACGUCUUGAGCGUACUGACAGUUUUAAAUUUAAAAAUAUAUCGGAGUCAUUGGAUGAAAUUUCUAAUAAAAAUAAACCUGUCGAAAAUGAUAACGUUUUAGGUCUUUUAGACAAUGUAUUAAAAGAGAUUGAUUUAAGCUCCAAUCAAAACAUUGAUAACCAUAAUAAUCAAGACCACAGUCGCAAUUUACCAUCCGUACAUGCUUCAUCAUCAAUUACGAAACUGGAAGAAGUACAUGGGUCAUUUUCCGAAGGCAAACAAAUUUUCCGUUACUAUAAACAACACCAGUGUUUUGAUGAAGCUCAUCGAAAAAGAUUAGUUAAUCUCAUCGUUCAAUACGAAAUUGAUCAAGCGACUGUUGGACUUUCGUUAAAAGGAGAUGAUAAAUUAAAAGAGUUUGUUGAAGUUACUGAAACAUACUAUAUACCGGCAUAUUAUAAAAAUAAAAAACGAAUAUUGACCACUGGAAGACUGUGGCAUUGCUAUAAUAAUACUAAAGGUCGUCUAAGAUCCGACUAUUUGUUGGAAAGAAAAAUUAUCAGCAAUGAAAAUAUCCCAAAUAAAAAAGCUAUAAAUUAUGACAUAAACAUCAAACUUCAGCGAUUAAGAGCCGGAAUAACGCUCACAACCGAGGAAAUAAUAUUAAUUUGGAGAGACACUUUUGAAGUUCGACGAGACACAUACAAAAAUACAAACCAAACGCCUUUCUCCUACUUUGAAGAAUAUAAGUAUUUAAAAACAGAGGAUGGCCAGCACCUGAUAAGAUCUGAUUUUUACAAAUUAUUUCCCAAAAAUAGUGAGUUAUUUAAAGAGCGUUUUCCUCUCGCAAAGGAGAGAUUGAUUCAGCUCUUGACAAACGCUAAAAAUAUUAAAGGCAAAGAUCAAGGCUAUUUAGCUAAUGUUUCAAAAUUAGAUUUAGAUCAUCAGAUUGCUGUAUUAUAUUUAUUGCCUUACAUUAUUCCGGCUGGAAGAAAAAGCAAGCCAAAAAAGGCUGAAAUUCAGGGCGAUUCCGAAGCCACUGAAGAUGCAGAAUCAAGAACAGAACCAGUUAAACGUAUUAGUACUAACAAGACAAUAGAAAAUGAACACAAAAAAAUUGUGCAACUAUUAAAGAAAAAGAAAGAGUCCCUACAACCCACAAUAUUUGUCAAGGGUAGCAUUAUAGAUAUUCAAUCUGUAAAAGUUUUUAUCGACGACACAUCAUAUUCCGUCUCAUUAUAUUGUGAAGCUGUCGAUUUGUGUUUUAAAUUAUUUUUUGUACUCGAUUGUACUUAUCCUUUUGAAGCUGCUAGUUUGUGGAAUUUCAUUCAGUCGACGUUCUAUGACGUUGAGGGAACCAAGCUAGGACCUGCUGUACGUGCAAUCGAUGGGGAUUUAAAAAGAACGUUUGCUAAAAACUAAAUUUCAUAAUUUAAUUUAAAUAAUUUUUGUUGUUAAUUAAUUCAAAAGUUUUACUAUAUUAUCAUUUGCUUAAUUAUAACUAAGAUUAGUUACGUGUAUCAAUUGAUAUAUUCAUAA